UGCUGUGUGUGUGAAUGAAAACGCGUCUCUGCUGGUCGAGAACAACUGAAUUCAUUUAUAUUUCCUUUAUUUGUGCGUUCAAACAUUUUAGAUUUACGGUAGAUUAUGCAACUUUAUUUAAAACACCCAUUCGUUAUUUUAUGUAACAGAACAGCCAUCUAUAUACACAGGUUUGAGUAAAGGUUUCAGUGAUUGUACUGCGCAAUGCGUGCGUUAUGACUUUCCUCAAAGUCAUUGCGUCACAGGAAGUCGUAGAGUUUCCGCCGUUCCAUGUUGCCUUCAAAUUGAUGGUUUUGGAUUAAAACAUUUGCUUCUUUACGCGUUUCUUUUGGGAUUUUUAGACAGGUGUUGACACCAUGGCACCGCUGCUCUCCUGUCUUGUUGGUUCCUUGACUCGGCAGUUGGCCCAAGUUGCCAGAUGUGCAGCUUUCGGCUCCUUACCUGCAGUAGGUGCACAUAGAUGCCUCUGCACCAUCACAGCUGCAGCAGCGCGAUUCAGAGUCGUCGUCGACCCAGUGUACGAGCCACACACGGCAUUCCUCUCACCGCUGCUUGGACGAUGCCAGCAGCUCCUGUGUAUUCAACCAUCCGCUGGCAUGAAGACUAAAACCGCUCUCAAAAGACGCUGUAAAGACUGCUUUUUCGUCCGCCGCCGUGGAAGGCUGUUUGUUUUUUGCAAAUCCCACCCCAGACACAAGCAACGGCAGGGGUGAAUGAAUUGAGACCUUAAUGUGUGCUGUCACACCACU